AUGGUACAAAUUCACGAAUUAAAAAGCGAGGAUGAAUACACAGAUGAGGAGAUUAGUGAGGACAGCGACGUUGAGCAGGAAGUUGACGCUGAGGAAGAAUUUGAUCCAUCACAAGAGACAUACUUUGAAAGAUUUUCAGCAUUGAAGGAUAUAAUUCCAUUAGAGACAAGAAACUCAAUUUUAAGUAAAGUAACAACCACCUUCAAUUUUACAAGAAGUUCAAGUAAAGUACUUGGAAACCUCGUUUGGGUUGUUACAACUUCUUCACUACUAGUUGGUUUACCACUCGCACUGGCUAUUGAAGAUGAGAGUAGAAUCUCAAUGGAGGAGAAGUCGUUGAUGGCCCAGCAAUCAGGCGCACAGCAAAUGCUCUCUCCUGAGGGUGAUAACAAGCAACAGCAAGGCGUCGUUACACCUGGUUUUUAA